GGAGCCACCUAAAAGAUGAAGGGACGCCACUCCCACUGGCAUAAGUACGAAUGAUAUAUCAUAUAUGUACUAGAAAUUAAACAUUUGUAUGAUAAGAAAAUCAUAGGAAAAAAAGAGCAAACAAGAGGAAAAAUAUACUUAUCAAGAAGAAAUGGAUAAGAAAAUCAUAGGAAAAAAAGUGCACUGUUUAGUGUUACCAUAUCCAGGACAAGGUCAUGUAAAUCCAAUGCUUCAAUUCUCAAAACUCUUACAACAUGAAGGAGUAAAAGUGACAUUAGUGACCACACUUCACUACCGUAAGACCUUGCAAAGUGUACCACCUUCCAUUGCAAUCGAAACCAUUUCUGAUGGAUUCGAUAAUGGCGGUGUUGAAGAAGCAGGGUCACAAAAAAUCUAUUUGGAUCGAUUUUGGCAAGAAGGACCAAAAACUCUUGCUGAACUUAUUGAAAAACUUGGUAUAUUAGGUGACAAAGUUGAUUGUGUUAUUUAUGAUUCUUUUUUUACUUGGGCUCUUGAUGUUGCUAAGAGAUUUGGAAUUAUUGGUGUUUCUUAUCUUACUCAAAAUAUGUCUGUGAGUAGUAUUUACUAUCAUGUUCAUCAAGGAGAGCUUAAAGUUCCACUCAUAGAUGAAGAUGAGAUUUUACUUCCUUUGUUGCCUAGAUUUGAAGUUGGGGACAUGCCUUCAUUUUUCUUAGCAGGAGGAGAGAAUCAAGUUUUGCUUGAUAUGUUGGUGGGUCAAUUCUCUAAUAUUGACAAAGCUGAUUGGAUUUUAUGCAAUACAUUUUAUGAUAUGGAAAAAGAGAUAGCCGAUUGGACAAUGAAUAUUUGGCCAAAAUUUAGGUCCAUUGGACCAUCAAUACCAUCGAUGUUUUUAGAUAAACGACUCAAAGAUGAUGAAGAUUAUGGUGUUGCACAAUUCAAGACUAAUGGAAAAUAUAUGGAAUGGCUAAACGAAAAGCCAAAAGGUUCUGUUGUUUAUGUUUCUUUUGGAACUAUGGUAAGUCUUGAUGAAGAGCAAGUACAAGAAUUAGCUUACGGUUUGAGAGAUAGUGGAAGCUACUUCUUAUGGGUCGUUAGAGCUUCUCAAGAGACUAAACUCCCAAGAGAUUUUGAAAAGGAAUCAAAAAAAGGCUUAGUAGUGACAUGGUGCUCUCAACUAAAAGUUCUAGCACAUGAGGCUAUAGGGUGUUUUUUUACACAUUGUGGAUGGAAUUCUACAUUGGAAGCAUUGAGCUUAGGAGUUCCAACUAUUGCAAUACCACAAUGGUCCGAUCAAGCCACCAAUGCGAAGUUUAUUGUCGAUGUUUGGAAAUUUGGAAUUAGAGCUCCAAUUGACGUGAAAAAGAUUUUGAGGCAAGACAAAUUGAAGGCAUGUAUAUUGGAAAUAAUGGAGAGUGAGAAAGGCAAAGAGAUUAAGAGCAAUGCCACAAAAUGGAAGAAUUGGGCUGUUGGAGCUUUUGGUGAGGGUGGAAGUUCUCAAAACAACAUUGUAGAAUUUGUGACCAGCUUGUUCAAUGAGGUGCAUGGACUCACCAAUUAAUUAAUCUAGUAUUUGUGUUUUUUGUCAAGUAGUCUAUUGCCUAGACUCUCAAACAUUUUAAAUGUGGAGAAAUGUGAAAUCCGGAAUUCAAACCUCGGUCACUCCAAUAAUAUUCAUAAUAAUUAUCAUUUGAGCUA